UCUGAGCGGUCAAGUUGUGGUUCGGCGAGCUGCGCUUGAAUGGCGCCAUUUGCGGUUCGGUUCGGGUUCGGCAUGGAUAGGGCUGCAGCAGCAGCAGCCGUGGCCGUGGUCUGCCACUGGUCGAGUCCGUGGUGUGCAGACAGACCCCGCAGUGUGCCUGAAACUGUUCCAUUAAAGUGCAAACCCAACUAAUGUGUUCAAUUAAAGUGCAGUCCGUAGAGUCCAAUACCCCGAAGCCCCGACCCCAACCAUGGCGAUAGCUUAUGACUGGAAAAGCAAUGACGGCUUUGAUGCCGAUUUUGGCUGGAACCGAUCCUUCUCCGAGCCCGAUCUUACAGCCAGACAGAAGCAGGGCGAUCUCAGCCGGUUCACCAUCAAGCAUCCGCACGAAUACAUAGCCGUAGACGAUCUAAAGUACUUCCGCCGUCGCCAGCCCAUUCAGUUGCACACCCAGAGCAACGUCUGUCUCUACAAUAGCGAUGAGCCCGUAGUGCCCUUUGGCUCCCUUAAGUCUGAGUACACACGGCAAUACCACCGCCACGGCAUUGGCGGCCAACCCAGGACCAGGACAUUGCUGAGGCGCGCGACAUCGCUGCAUCUGGAGGGAUUAAUGCUGAUGCUGACGGAGCACCAGGACAAAUAUCACUGGUACACCCCCGAAGAUCUGAAAUUCUCCCGUUGCUAUCCCGUUCGCAAUCCGGAGAACCUGCAGCUGGGCGGAGACGCCGAUGGCGAGAGCAGCAUGAAGAACUCCUCCUACCUGAUGGCGCCCAUGCUGGAUGCCGGCACAAAGAUACUGCCGCGUGAAGUGUUCCUCGAUAAGGGCGAGGCAGCGUCCAGCAGGGGUCACGUGUACAACAGCUUGGCCGCUGACAAGUUCAAGCGCGACGUGGCCGCCCAGGAGCAGCAGAGAUGUCACCUGCAGAUGCGGGCUCAGGCCGUGGACCAGCAGCCAGAGCCGUCAGAGUACAAGCGACAAUUUGUGCAGCAGUUUCCGGAAAAGGCCCAUUCCAUACCGCAGAUGAGCAACAUCAAGAUCCAAGGGGACUUUGUGGCCGUGCCGGAGUACAAGGACAGCUUCAAGAUGUACGCCAACUACUCGAAGAGUGCGCCCAUCAAGAAGGAUGACAACCUGCGCGUUUCCGGCUCGGAGCGAGGAAGCGAUCCCAGGCCAGGACAGCCCGGCCACGACUACGGGCACGGGUACGGGCAGAGCCAUGCUCCCGAUGUGGCAGAGUAUCGCGACAAAUUCAUCGACCCACCCAAGCACAUGGCCAAAGAGAAAUCACUCAAGACGGACGAUCACCUGCGACCUCGGGGCGAGUUCACCCGAGAGAUUCCCGAGUACCACGAGAGCUUCCGCGACCCGCAAAUCACCGAAAUGCCCGAGCGGGGCAAGGCCCGCGAACCGUUUCUACGGCUGAGGGGCAAAAUCGAAUUUAAUCCGGAGUAUCGCAACAAUUACCUGGAUUUUCCACGCUCCCGUCCGGUUGUACACAAGCCGGCCUCCUCCUUCCGGCUGCCACACUCUGGCGCCCACAAUGCCCAUCCCAACGUCAGCAUCGGCUCCUCCCCCGACAAGCAAUAUCAGGCAGAUGGCGAGACGGCCACCUGCACCACAGUGCCGCCAUCGGAGAUGGUCGCCACACCAGAGUAUCGUCGGGCCCAGUAUAAUUAUCAGCUGCGUGAGCGGCCUAGGGAAUACGAUGUCGUUGGCAACCUGCGCAAGAGUUCGGAAUCCUCGCUGGAAGUGCGGCAACCGCAGCCGCAGCAGGUCUCACACAAGCGAAGGACCUCGCGCCAACGUCUGGUGAAGGAGCCUCCGGCUGUAGCCUCCAACUUUCAGGAUGUGGGUGGCAACGAUUCGAAGAAACCAGCCCGAUACGGCAGGCGAUCAUCCGUGAUGCAAAAUGCGGUCAAUUGCCGCGAAAAAUCAUCGAUCAUCGAAGGCAAUCCCAAGUACGCCGCCCCGGCCUGUCGGCGGGCCAAACACCACAAUGGCAGCCAGAGGGAUCAGCAGGGAUCCUUUGUGGUGCUCGACGAGCCGUGCAAGCCUUCCAACUGGAUGAAGAAGACCUGGUACGAUUCCUAGGUCCGGUCCAGCAAUCUACAACAUACCUAAACACGAGUAUUCUAUUUAUAAUCCCUCAAAUUGAAAAGAAAUAA